UCAAAUUAGAAAAAGGUGUAAAAGUCAUAAAGUUCACCACUGGUAUAAUGUUAAAGCCAUAUAUAGAGCUUUCGAGAUUAGUGAUAGUAAUUGGAUGCAACCGGAUCUGGGGUGAUGAAUGUCGUGAGUAAUGUCUCCCUUGCAGCCAAUUGAAAAAAAAACGAUACCCCCUAUUCGAGAGAAUGUCGUAAGAACGAAAAAUUAGAUCAACUAUAAUCACCAUGUGGAUAUACCUUUAUCUAUAGACUAAACUAUAAAGGAUUUUAAAGGUGACAGGGUUUACCUAUAAGUAGGAAUACGGAAUAGGAAGUCAAAGAAAUGACCACACAGACAAUAGGGAUAAAUAGUAACGAUGAAAAUGUUCUACUAGAAGAUGACUUUAUUAAGAGUUAUAAUGAAGAAAAUAAAGCAUCAUUUAGAAAUCGACUUAAACGAUCUUCCUUUGUUCAAGCCUCUAUAGGCACUGAAGAGUUAUUGGUGGAGAAAUUAGAUUCAUUUCUUUCUUCUAUAGAGUCCAGGUUGGAUAGUUUCGAAUCUUUUUUUAAGUUUAAUCUGAAACAAGAGAAAGGAAAUGAAAAGGAGAAUGUUCUCAUCCCUAAUAACGAUUAUUAUUUGACAACAGAUAGGACAUUAGAUCCUUAUCUUGGAGCAACCAAGACUCGCAGGAGAAGCAGUUCUGCUAGUUUUAGUACCAUAAAAAAUUAUUCUGCAAGAAAUUUAAACCUUAUUCAUCAAAGAUUAAAUUUAAUCAAAGAGUCGGUUUUAAAAAAUUCAUUAACCAACUUGGAAUUUUUGUAUAAGACUUUGGACGACCAAUAUAAUUACUUAUUCAAUCCUGGUGAAGAGAAUGCUGAAGAUGAUUAUGAUUCAGACAAUUAUAGCAAUACACUUUCUCCAACAACUUCUGGUACUGCAAAUAGGAAAGAAUUGCUUUCUAGAAAGAUUAUAAAAACAAUCCAAUAUUUUGAUGAAAAAUUACUUCAGAUAGAUGAUUUCAUUAAAGUCAAUCAACCAGAUUCCAAAAUAGAUUAUGACCAAGACUCCUCAUUAGCUCAACUUCGAUUUUAUAACUUUAACAAGACAGUAAAAGCUGCAGAAAAGAGAUACGUACAUUACUACGAGUUACCAUUAAGUUGGAGAGAAAAUAAAUAUAUCAUACAUGGUUACAGGUUUUCUUUAAGUCAUAGAACACUUAUGAGUUCAAUAUUCAAAUUUAAUCAUAAUGAAACAAUGAAUAUAUGGUCUCACAUGGUGGGAUUUUUCAUUUUCUUAUACAUAUGCUUCGUUCAUUAUCCUCAAAGUGAUGUAUAUAAGAUGAAUAGCUUUCAAGAUAAUUGUGUGAUGUACCUUUUCUUAGCUGCAGCUAUAAAGUGUUUAGUCAGUUCUGUCACUUGGCAUACUUAUUCUGGAUGUGCCCACUUAUCAUUGAGAUCAACUUGUGCAUGCGUGGAUUACACUGGAAUAACCGUUCUAAUCACAUGUUCAAUCAUUGCGGUCGAAUAUUGCUCGUUGUACAGUUAUCCUAAAUUAUUAACUACAUAUAUGGUGUUUUCAUGUGCUAGUGGAGUGGGAGGUUUACUUUUUAACUGGUCUCCUUAUUUCGAUCGUCCUGAAUGUCGUUCGGUAAGAAUCUUCUUCUUCGUAGGGUUAGCCAUAUUGGGAGCUUCAUCAGCAUUAUGUAAGUGGUUUUAUGACGGUAUGUCCGUAGCAUUCUACUUCUUCUCACCUUUAUUCUAUAAGAGUUUCUUGUGGUAUUGGAUAGGGGUUAUCUUCUAUGGAGGUUUGAUUCCUGAGAGAUGGAGAUAUGAUGUUAUCAUUGAAGAGAAUAAUAAUGUUCAUAAUUGUGAACAUAAUUAUGACUCUAUAGAUGUUUUGACAGACAACAUUGAGAAAAGUGGUGAAGAGGAAUUUGAAGAGAUCGAAGAAGAAAUUGAGGAAAUUAUCGAUAAAAGGGACCAAUCUGGAAGCAAUUCGGACGAUAAGUUAAAGUCAGUUAUAGACAAACAUUUCCCGGAAGAGCCUAUUUUAUCACCUUAUCACAAAGAAUUCUUUUCCUUGUGGUGGGUGGAUUAUUUUAUGGCUAGCCAUAAUAUCUGGCAUAUUUGUGUUGUAUUGGGUGUACUUGGUCAUUAUGUCUGUGUAUUAGAAAUGUUCCGACAAAUAGCCAGGCAAUAGAUAUUAGUAGAAGUAUAGUUUUAAUGUUUUUAGAGAUUUUCAUAAUAUAAGAGUCUAAUUAAUCCAGAACGUGCUGAAAUUCAGUCACUUUAGUGAAGUAAAUAAGGAUUUUUCAAAGCACUUAAAAAUUACGGGGUGCAGAUGCCCUUUCAUCAUUAUAGUUAGGAAUGGAUGAAACUGGUACAGUAACUUGAGACGAUAAAUUGCAGGUUGCAGCUUUAUGAAUCAGAUGUAGGGCUUAAGCUAAAGGCCGCCGGGGAUCAGUGUGGAGUAAGUACAUAUUAAAGAUGGGGCUCAGAAGAAUUAUCAUAAAAUUGAUUAUUGAAUGAAAUUGGAAUACAACAAUAAAGCGAGGGGAGGGUUGAGACUUCCUUG